GUGUGUGCGCGCAUUUGUACGUUCUUCUCUCUCUCUCAAUCUAACCCUUUUGCCUCAUCCCCCCAUCUCCGCCGGCGCCUCCCACUCCCUUAAAUUCUCCGCCUCGCCGCCUCCUCUCCCCCAAUCGCCGCAUGAAAUCCGAUCCAACUCCAACUCCAACUCCCAGGUUGAUUGACAAUCAAUAUUUCUCUUUAGAAGUUUCAAGUUCGCUUGGAUUCAUCAACAUUUGGUGCAUCUGAUACGCAAAAGGUCUUAUUGAUUUCUAAAAGAUGGACCGGUGUGACACUUCGGGAUUUGUUAGUGGGGGCGGGAUCUUCUUUUUCAGAAACAAUUGAUCCUAGUUCCAUAGCUUCUUCUUUUCUUCUAAAUUAUAGAAAAUAAAAUAAAAACUAGUUCCAUAACCUUUCCUUUUUAAAUCCCGGAAGUCAGGCAGGCUGGUCUAUUGCAAUUAUAAUUUGGUCUUGGUAACUAUAUUUUAACGAGAAUUUAAUGGGCUCAAGUUUCCAGAACUUCAACUUUGCUGCCAAUUAUUCUUUGGAUGUACUAAAGUUUUUGGGAAAGUCAUUCCAAGAUGGGAAAACUGGAGCUGAAGACAGUGCAGAUACCAUUCUGCGACUUGAUUCGGGAUCAGUACCCUGUAGGUCCAUAUCAAAAGGAAUGAAACGGAAGUGGAGUUUGGUUGAGAAUUCCGUGGGUGGUCCUGGUCAGUCAGUUGGGUCUUCUUUGUCUCUUGGGUUUGUACAUUCCUCAAGCUCUAUUGACAGUAAGGGGAGUUCAGGAACUGCAUGCACCAGAGUGUCUUCUGCUAAAGAAACUGAUGAGGAAUCCUCAAUGGCACUCGACCUGGAUUUUUCUCUCCAUCUUGGUAACGAGAAUGUAGCUAGCCCUAAAGAACCAGCCAAUAAAUCACUUAAAGUACAGAAAAUGAAACCGAAGUUUGACUUGGAGUUAAGUCUCUCAACUGGGCCAUCUGAAUCUGAUGUCACUUCAAUUUAUCAAAGUUUUCCCUCACUUCAGUUGUCAAUGGAGAAACCAUUGACAUUUGUGGAGACCUUAAACAUAGAUGAUGGAGAAACAUCAUGUUGUUGGAAGCCUGGAACUGUCCAGCCAACCAUGCCCACCUCGUUGAAUCCUCAGGUUGGCUACGUUUUUCACCCAGUUACUGAGAAAGUGAUUCCACCUGCCAAUGUUCCAGACCUUUCCUCGAGUGUUUUAACCAUGCCAAAAAGCUCAGUCACCUGUACUUCCGGGAUAACAGAACAGCAGCAACAACGAUUUAAUCGUAGUAGUAAUUCCAAGAUAUGUCAAGUUGAGGGAUGUGGCAAGGGAGCCAGAGGUGCUUCUGGCCGUUGUAUAUCACAUGGUGGUGGUCGGAGGUGUCAAAAACCUGGAUGCCACAAAGGAGCCGAGGGUCGCACUGUAUAUUGCAAGGCCCAUGGAGGUGGACGGCGAUGUCAACAUUUGGGGUGCACCAAGAGUGCAGAAGGGCGCACCGACUUCUGUAUUGCCCAUGGUGGGGGUAGAAGAUGCAACCGUGAAGGAUGCACCCGUGCAGCGAGAGGUAAAUCAGGAUUAUGCAUUCGUCAUGGGGGCGGAAAGAGAUGUCAAAAGGAGAAAAUUCAUUCGCCAGGGGGAAGAUGGGUCUCUGUGCACUUCAUAGUGGUCUGGUGCAAGAUAAGAGGGUUCAUGGGGGUGUUUCACUCGGACCUAUUCUCAAUAAGACAGAUAAGUUGAAGGAGGUGGUCAGGGAAGAUUAUAUGAAUGAAGAUCUCAUCAAGGUAGGAGGCAAGGUUUGUCCAAAUCUCAAACAAUCUGCAGUCAAUGAAGCAGAAAAACCAUUGGCAUCAUUGGUUCUCGUUCCCGAAGGUAGGGUGCACGGUGGAAGUCUAUUAGCAAUGCUUGCUUGCAGCUCGGGGCUGGGGUCAAGCAGUAGAAAUGCAGUUUCUGGUCCUGAGCAGCCACUGGAACCUCACAUCAUGCCUCGUAGUUGGGUGUGAAGCAAGCCUCGCUCUUCCUUAUAUGUCCAUCUGGUGUUAGGAGUCGGUAAUGUUGGUCUUCUUUCUCUCUGUUUAGUAUCUGUCAAUUAUAAAGCUUGUUAUUUAUUGGUCCAAAUGUAAAGACUCCUUGAGAAUGCUCUAUAUUGAGGGGGCAAAUUCUAAGUAUUGGGUUGUUGGGUUGUUCUUUCUUGUAUAUAUGCUUAGAUAAAUGUAUGUCGAACAGGCUAUCAAUACAGGUCAACAACCUGUAGGUUUGUUAAUGUUGUCAUUCUGGUUAUGGUCAGCUUUUUUUCUUUGCUCA